AUGCAGUCUGCAAGAUACGCCAGCGAACUCAUCCAGGACCGGAUAAGCUUAUACCUGAGUGCAUCUCCGGUAUCCAUAUCUGGGGUACGACCAUUAAAAAGAAGGUAUUCCCGUCAACAGUCUAUCCAAGCAGCCACCAGCACCACCACAUCCAUAUUAGAAUGCACACCUUUGGAAUCAAACAUGCACGGUGAUUUUAUAGAUAAAAAGACAGGAAGGAAAGUAACUCUCAAGGGCAUAAAUGUUGAUUCACAGAUGAAAUUACCUGCAACUCCCUAUAUGCCCACUUAUGAAGGCGACUGUACUGACCCCGCUAGUAUUUUUUUCGAUGGAGAUAAUGUAUCCUUUGUAGGGAGACCGUUCCCCUUACAAGAAGCUAGAAUGCACCUUCAGCGAAUCAAGGACUGGGGGUAUACUACCAUUAGAUAUUUGAUCACAUGGGAGGCGAUGGAACAUGCGGGACCAGGAAAAUACGACCGUGAGUUUGUUGACUAUACCAUUGAAGUUCUAAAAAUCAUUGGCGAGAUGGGCGGAUUGUAUGUGUUUCUCGAGUUCCACCAAGACGUUUGGUCACGGUAUUCUGGAGGCAGCGGAGCACCUAUGUGGACCUUUUAUGCUGCUGGACUAGACCCAAAAUGCUUUGCCAAGACCGAGGCAGCCAUCUUGCACAACGAACCAAGGUUCCAUGAUUCAUCAGACACCUAUCACAAGAUGCUUUGGACUUCCAACUACAAACGUCUAGCAUCGCUUGUCAUGUUCACAUUAUUCUUUGCUGGUAAGACUUAUUUCCCUGAUUUGAAUUUGAAUGGUGAAAACAUCCAAGACUAUUUACAAAACCACUAUCUUGGAGCAGUGGAAUUCCUUUGGAAACGUAUUUGUCGAAAGCUUCCCAAAUUGAUAAAAAACGGAACCAUCCUCGGAUUUGAGUCGAUGAAUGAACCCAACAGUGGAUUAAUUGGGUAUCCCGAUUUGAGCCGAAUUCCCGACUACCAACAAUUGCGUGUUGGGACCACACCAACAGCUUUCCAGGCCAUGAAAUUGGGUAUGGGGUUGACCUGUGAGGUAGACGAAUACCACAUAAGUGUGACUGGGCCCCGCAAAACGGGUAUCAAAAUUGUCGAUCCACGGGGAACACGGGCAUGGAUUUCUCGUGCUAAUGCAAAAAGAGUUGACAAACAUUACGGUUUUAAGAGGUGUGCAGACUGGCCCAUUGGCAAAUGCAUUUUUGCUCACAAAGGUAUCUGGAAAUGGACUGAAGGGUUUGAUUUCAAUUCUCUACAGGAACUCACACAAGAGCAACGAUUAGAGGUCAGUUCUAAAUGUGAAAUGCUUGAGCCAGAAUACUUUGCGAAGCUACACAAUUCUAGUACCAAAAUCGACGCUGAGUAUUUUGUCAACAACCAUUUUGUUGAUCAUUAUAUUGCAUUUAAAAAUGUUGUUAGAGAGGUGUGUCCCGAUCUGUUUGUGUUUAUGCUGACACCCGUGUUGGAAAUUCCACCAACCCUAAAACUUGAUGAGAGAAAUAUAAUUGAUAAGAAAACUGUGUACUGUCCACAUUACUACGACGGGUUAUCACUAAUGUUCAAGUGCUGGAACGUGAAGUACAAUGUCGACACUCUUGGGAUAAUGCGCAAUCGUUAUUUAAAUCCGGUUUUGGGUAUUGUGUUUGGAGAAAGAGCAAUUAGAAAUUGCUUAAAGAAACAGUUUAUGGAAAUGAGAAACGAGUGCAAUACCCAUUUGGGAGAAAUUCCUAUCUUAAUGUCCGAAACCGGUAUGCCGUUUGAUAUGGACAGAAAGCGUGCUUACAGAGAUGGGAUGUUUGAUUCUCAAACGGCUGCGUUAGACGCCAUCAGCAAUGCUCUUGAAGGCGCAAAUAUGUCACACACUUAUUGGUGUUACAACAGUGCCAACAAUCACAAAUGGGGCGACAACUGGAAUAACGAAGACUUUUCAUUUUGGUCUCCGGAUGAUCGUUUGCUAACGUUUGACGAGGAUUAUAAUGAAAGCCAGAGUAUCAGUUCGAGACGACGCAGACGAAGGUCAUCCAAAAAAGAUCCACGAGCUGCACUUCGUCGUGCGGUAGUAGCUACUAAAAUGGGGUUAAGUGCAUCGAGAGGCAGCACACGUUCGGCUGCUUCGGAGUCAUCCUUCACUUCUGAAAAGGAUUCGUCUGAGGGCUACGAGUCUGACGAUACUUCGUCUCAGUGUUCAUUGAUUACUUCACAUAGCCAGAAUAUCUACCACCGCCAAUUCAAAAAAUGCUACCCAUCUCCAGACGGGGUGAGAGCUGUAUCGGCUACUGUAAGACCAUACAUUAUGGCCACAAAGGGCACAAUAGUUGCUGUCGAGUUUGAUAUCAAGGCAGUCAAAUAUUCUUUGCUGUUAUCAAUCGACAAGUCAGAUCUGUCGCUUGAAACAACCCCUAGCAUUAUAUUUGUACCCAAAUGGCAUUAUCCAUUUUUAGACUAUGGCGAUAUUUACUUGACUUCUGGGUACGUGAAAUACAACGAGGAAUUCCAGUAUCUUGAAUGGUAUCAUUAUAGAGAUCCGUCACUCCCCGAAGAAGAUAAAGACACCACCCAAGGUAUUUCCACAGAAACAAUCAUCAUUAAAAAUAAUAGUGGGUCGUUAGAAGAUUCAAAACUAGAAGAAGAGAAAGGUGUAUUUGGAAACGAUAUAGGAUGUCCAGUUACAUAA